UAUGAAAAUAAUUUCUCGAUUCAACCCCUUACGCAACCUCUGUCCACAACCUGCUCUCUCUCUGGCCUCUGCAACACUCUUUCCAUAAUUCAAAGACGCGUCAGUCAUUCUCCGUAAGCAAUUUUCGUUGAUAUACUCGCCCCUUUACGUGUAUUUAAGAUUUUGUUCAUUUGAUUGAUUUUCUUGGUUGAUAAUGAAAUCGAUCUUUUGAGUCCAGUAAGAAAGAUUUGAUUCUCUUUGCGCGUGACCCGUUCUCUUCUCCAAUCCCAUUUUUUUAGAACUUAGGUUUAUAAAAAUGGAGGUUAAGCUAUGGAAUGACAAGCGCGAAAGAGAGAUGUAUGAUAGUUUUGCUGACCUUUUUGCGAUUAUAAAGGCCACAGAGAAACUCGAGAAGGCUUAUGUUCGUGAUAUUAUUUCGUCUAUAGAGUAUGAAACUGAAUGCCAGAAACUAAUUGCCCAUUUCAAAACCCUGUCUUCCACAUUGAAAGAUAUUGUCCCGAGUAUUGAGCGGUUUCAUGAAACUUAUAAGAUGGAUUGCCCGGCUGCUCUAAACCGCCUUGUCACGUCUGGGGUUCCAGCCACAAUUGAGCAUCGAGUGGCUGCAGCCAUGUCGGCUACCUCCUCUGCCUCCAGUGUGGCUGAAUGUGUGCAAAAUUUUAUCACGGCUAUGGACUCGUUAAAAUUGAACAUGGUUGCUGUUGAUCAGGUUCAUCCAUUGUUGUCUGAUUUGUCGGCUUCCCUCAAUAAGCUCACCAUAUUGCCUCCUGAUUUUGAAGGGAAGAUGAAGAUGAGGGAAUGGAUCGCUAGGCUCUCGAAAAUGGGCGCUGCUGAUGAGCUGACUGAGCAGCAAGCUCGGCAGCUGCACUUUGACUUGGAAUCAUCUUACAACUCUUUUAUGGCUGCAUUGCCUACUGCAGGGACUUAAUUCAAGGUUCUCAACCAGCUACACUUCGAAUUAGAAUUGUCUUAGAACUCUUCUAUAGUGGUGUUGCCCACUGCUGAGACUUAGUUCUUGGUUCUCAGUAAGGUUGUAAAUAAAUGGGUACAUUUGUUUCUGUUAACAAAUUCCAAAAAUUUCUGAAUUUUGCAUUUAGUUGGAACUCAAUGGGAUCUAGCAAUUUGGAAGGAUAUUUAUUGCUCUUCUACUUCUCAUAUGCUUGAGAAGGUGGGAUUUUUGCUAAUGUGAUCAAUAUCUCUGUUUCAUCUGUAAAAUGCUGUCUUCUGUUAUGGAAAUUAAUUGUGUUGAAGAAACAUUGGAACAUAUUCAUUAUUCAGUAUAACUUAAUAUUUGUUGGUAACUGUA